UGAUAUGGAGGCUUUUCCAGGCUCUCCAAGUUCACUUCUAAAAUAUAUAAUUCCUCAACCAACAGCAAACAGAUCGACAGUGGAAAUAGCUGUCGGUGAUACUUCCAUGGUAUCGCGUCUUCGAGUGGAUAAGCACGGACCUUUAUUGUGUUCAUGGGAAGUGCAGUAACUGUAUGUGUAGGUAAUGAGUAGAGGGGUGGUGGUGCUGGUGUGGGGUGUACCCAAGACAUGUUUAUCUCCACACGAAAGUAGGCCAGCUAGGGUAAUAAAAACGCUUGGUGAGCCUACGGAUGUGUAUACAAGUUCGUGGUGAGCCUGUUCCUUGUUGCAGUUCUUAUUGUGGUGUUCCACGCAGGUCUUUCUUCUGGUGCACCACUUUCAUCAUCCCUUUCCUCCGUAGUGCGAUAUCACAAGUCGGAAGCAGGUAUAAAAUGUACUAAACAAUAAGGACUCCAAGUCACUGGUACCACCCGAGGAGGGCAGACUACAUACCAACUACUUCACUGGAGCGUCGCAGGUUGUGUUGUCCAUUUUCUGUAAGCUGUCUGUGUCGACAAGGUUGUAAAGGCUCUGCUUAGUCUCUCCCGCCAACAAGAUGCAAUUGCAGCAAAUUUUUCACCACUUUGGAAAUGAUCUUAGCCAUUCAGCCACUGUCCUAUGUGGUCAUUCACUGCAAAUGCUCAGAAGUCAUCUACAGUCAAAGACACCAAUUCUGCAAAGUUUUCCAGUGAUUCUGUUGAGGACAGUCAGACGUCUGCAUCUGCUAGAUGUUCAGACAUCAUUCAGAGACUAUGAAGCUGAGCGCCGCACAUUUCGCCUGGUUGUUCCACAGAAAUUUAAUUUUGCACGUGAUGUUGUUGAUGUUUGGGCAUCUGCAGAAAAAACAGGCAAGAGAGACAUCAAACUUCCUGCAUUGUGGUGGAUAGAUGACACCGGUAAACAACUCACCUACACAUUUCAGCAUCUCUCUCAGCUCUCACAAAGGAUAGCCAACGUGCUCACAGGCCCCUGCGGACUGAUGCCUAAAGACCGUGUCAUUAUAAUAUUGCCACGCAUUCCAGAAUGGUGGUUGAUCAACCUGGCCUGCAUUAGAUCAGGAAUUGUCCUGAGCCCAGGUACCACAUUGCUGAGAACCAAAGACAUUCAAAUGCGCCUCCAGUCUUCAGGUGCCAAAUGCAUUAUAGCUGAUGCUAGCUCAGUGGAUAACGUUGAACAGGCAUGUGCUGACCUUCCCCUUCCAGUAAAAAAAAUUUUUGUUGGAGCCUCAGCUGACACAAGACCAGGAUGGUUAAAUUUUCAGAAAUUGCUCGAGAGGUCUACAAAUACUUUUCAGGCAGCAGACACAGCAGCUUCAGAUCCCAUGCUGUUGUACUUUACAAGUGGAACAACAGGCUUUCCAAAGAUGACACAACACACACAAGCCAGCUAUGGACUUGGUCACUUGAUAACUGCUAGGUAUAUGCUUCAGGCGGGCCCAAGAGACGUAGUCUGGAAUUUGUCUGACCCUGGGUGGGCUAAGUGUGCCUGGAGCUCUUUUUUUGCUCCAUGGCUGCAUGGAGCCUGUGUCUUCAUCUUCAAUGCUGCCAAGUUUGACCCCCAGGAUACUUUAAAGGUUUUAAAUAGGUACCCAAUCUCACACCUUUGCACACCUCCAACAGCCAAACGACUUCUUGUAAAGGAAAAGCUGUCACAUGUAAAAAUGCCAUUCCUGCGUCACACAAUAUGUGCAGGUGAACCAGUGAAUCCAGAAUUAAUGGAUGAAUGGAAAGAAGGAACAGGACUUGAAAUUUAUGAGGGUUAUGGCCAGACUGAGACAACAUUGCUAUGUGGUCGUUACUCAUGCAUCCCCUAUCGACCAGGAUCUAUGGGAAAGGCGGCACCUGGUGUAGACUUGCAAAUUGUAGAUGACGAUGGUGUUCCAGUGCCUACCGAGAAAGAAGGCAACAUUGGAGUGCGAUGCAACCCUCAUCGCCCUGUUGGACUGUUCUCCUGCUAUGUGGAUGAACCAGAGCGAACUCAAUCAGUGUUCCGAGGUGACUUCUACCUGACAGGUGACAGAGCGUACAGAGAUGAUGAAGGCUAUUUCUGGUUUGUUGGACGUAGUGAUGAUGUGAUCAAUUCAUCUGGCUACAGAAUUGGGCCAUUUGAAGUAGAAAGUGCUUUGAUAGAGCACCCUGCUGUUCUGGAAUCAGCUGUUGUCAGCAGUCCUGAUGGGGCUCGUGGUGAGAUUGUGAAGGCAUUUGUGAUCCUAUCACCCCAGUACCGCAAUGCUGACCUCAAGGCCCUGAUCUCUGAACUCCAGACACAUGUGAAAAAUGUAACAGCUCCAUACAAAUAUCCACGCAAGAUUGAGUUUGUGGAUUCUUUGCCAAAGACCAUCAGUGGUAAAAUUCGUCGCAUUGAGCUACGUGAGGCUGAGUGGAAAAAACAGAAAACGCCAUAGCAGUCAAUUCAAACCAGUGAAACACAGAGCAAAACGAGAUCGAGACUUUUCACUUGCUAUAUCAUGAAAAGGACUUUACUAAUUCCAUUAAUAUCCAGAGUAGCAAAUCUUGGACGUGCUUCCUUGAUAGCCACCGUUCAGAGACCCAUCUGGCUUCUUCACAGGCCACCGCCUCUUGUACCCUUAGCCCUAGUGUUCUUCAGUGUCUCUAGUCACAAGUACACCAAAACAGGGGACAUCAUUUUUCCCUCUCACGUGAUAAAUAGAAUGAGUUACACAGUUUAUACAGUAUUACUUAUAAUCAGAGAGACAUUCCAAAUUUUCCAGUAUUCUAGUUUGAAGAUAUUUUCAUCAUAACAAGAUAACGUAUGUACAUUUGAAAUAUUUCUCUUUGCAUAAUCUUACCUUUACCACAUGGAUUUAUAACAUAUUGCAGGAUUGUUAUUUUUGAAUGACUUAACCAUUUUUAUUUAAUGCUCAGCAAAACAAAUCCUUAUCGCCUAGUUAAUUGAAAAUAAUUCAUAAACAGCAUACAUCUCCAUCCCUAAUUGUCCUCUGUUCAAUCUGCUCAGAUCCACUCCCCUGUUUAAUGGGAUCAUUCGAUCAGCCGCAUGGGCCCUCCACUGAUGGCCCGCUGAUCUCAAAUUUAUUUCCCCAAGAAUCUGGGGCAAAACUGAAAUUGUAAUUCUCUUCUUGGUUUCUCUCUCUCUCUUUCUCAAAUCCGAAAUAAACCACCAGUGGUAACAUGAUUGCAAUUGAGCUCCCUGAACUGCUUUCGACGCUAACGACCUAAAUACUUUUCAAGACAAUUAGAUGAGGCCUCUAGAGAUACCUCCCAACUCCAGGAAACCUUGUAUGUAAAUAUAUAUUACUAUACCACCACUUUGUACAUAUAUCCACCUUCUUUUAUGUUUACUACAAAUUAUUCUCCUAAUACUUAUAAUUACUUCAUUUCCUUAGUUAAUUUUUCCCCGUAAAGGGUGAGGGCUAACUGGAAAAAAUCAUUUUCCUGCUUAUUUUACCUCUCGUUAAUAAAGAAUUGUUAUUGCCA